AUGUUCUCACUACUUUCCGUAUUCAUGUUGGGCGUGGCUGCUGCCGCUGCCAUUGAGUAUAGCCCCAUCUAUCAUGCACCUGCUGCCAUUGUGAAGCCAAUUCUGAAGACUGUCGAGGUGGAGGCGCCGGCUCACUACCAAUUCAGCUAUGCCGUGCAUGAUGAUCACACUGGCGAUGUCAAGAGCCAGACGGAGUCUCGCAAGGGCGAUCAGGUGCAGGGCCAAUACACGCUCAUCGAUGCCGAUGGCUAUUUGCGCACAGUUGACUACACCUCGGAUGCGCAUAACGGUUUCAAUGCUGUAGUGCGUCGCGAGCCGCUGGGCCACAAGGUCGUCAAGGCUGCCAAGCUGGUGGCUCCCUUGCCCAUUGCCUAUGCGGCACCCAAGCUGCCAUUGGGUCUGUACCACUAGGAAGCAAGCAAAGUACCCAGAGAGAGCGCGAGAGAGAGAGAAAGCAAAACACUGAUAUCAUCACAUUGACGACCCCAUCAAGCUUCAACACACA